CCAAGCACUCGACUAUUGGAGGUAAGGCAGGGAUGGGUAUUCAGCCCACUUGAAUGGAAAUCGAUAGGAAUUCUACCAUAUUGUUUGUUCCCCUGCACCAUCUCCGGCUGUUGGGAAUCGACUUCCUCAUCAAUGAUUGGAUGGAGAAUUCAAACGAUCUACUCAUAGUCGAGGGAGGAACCAUGCCCCAGAGAGCAGAAUACCCAAUUGCGGCGUGUUGAAAUUCUAAUUUAGAAAAUUGAAAUUAAAUGGAAUCGUUUCAAUUACAUCCACAAGAUUAAAAUUGGAAAGAGAAACUGCGUAGGCAUUUUAUAUCUUCACGAAACUGGAAAGUUCCAAGGGUAGACCGGUCUCGAGAUACUGUUCAUUGCUUUUGCUAUUGAUUUUAUUAGAAACUUCGCGGGCUUUUUUUAGUGUUUAUAUAGUCAAUGUCUAAUGAUUUGGCAGACCUGGCUUGGAUAAAACUGUAAGCUGUGAACCCGACGAGGAAGGAAAGAGGAGGUAGGGAGUGGAAAGAGAAGGUGCAGAAGCAGGACCACGAGCAGGAAUAUGUUCAGCCUAAAAAUAUAUACAGCAGAAGAGGAGCUUGUUUCUAGAGGCAGCACAGACACGAUGACGGAAUCGACGAGUAAUAAUGCAAUUGAGGACAUUCUUGGAGGGCUGAACGUGAAUCGCAGGGAAGAAUUGAAAGCGUCAGGGGCAACUAGGGCGUUGAAUUUUUCAUCAGGAAACCCUAGGGUUGAAGAAAUCAGAGGAGUCAUGCAUCUCUUUCGGAACGUCUGCGAACCUCCCGGUGCGCUCGAAAGCCUUCCGGCUGGCCGGAGCAUCCUUGUUUGUGUGCUUGCUGUCCCAAAUUACAUGACUUAUGCAGAUUUUUGUCAAUUCACUGGUUCAUUUAUUCAGAAUAUAUUAGAAAUGCGUGUUGUCAGGAAUGACGGACUCACUGAUCGCUAUAGCAUCCUAAUGAGAUUUGACAAUCAAAAGUCAGCAGACGAUUUCUAUCGCCAUCAUAAUCGAAGACCUUUUUCAUCUUUGGAGGCAGAAAUAUGUCAUGUUCUGUUUACUGCUGAUGUACAAUAUAUUGGAUCAAUUGAACAUGCAGCCACUCCACCAACUGGAUUAACUGAACUCCCUACAUGCCCAGUAUGCCUCGAGAGACUUGACCAACACAUCAGUGGGAUUCUGACCACAGUCUGCAAUCAUUCUUUCCACUCUACCUGUAUGUCGAAAUGGACAGAUUCGUCCUGCCCGGUCUGUAGAUAUUGUCAACAGCAGCUUGAGAAAUCAACAUGUUCUGUUUGUUCAACGUCAGAAAACCUAUGGAUCUGUGUUAUCUGUGGAUUUGUGGGAUGUGGAAGGUACAAAUCAGCCCAUGCAAUUAAUCAUUGGAAAGAAACCCAGCACUGCUAUUCACUUGAGUUGGAGACUCAACGUGUCUGGGAUUAUGUUGGGGAUAACUAUGUUCAUCGGCUUAUUCAGUCAAAGACCGAUGGAAAACUGGUUGAACUAAAUACUCAUUGUAGAGAUGUUGGUGAUGAAUGUGGAAGGUGUGAAUGUAGUCACGAUUCUGGUUUUGAGAGUGUCCUGUAUGAGAGCAAAAUGGAAGCGAUAGCUGAUGAGUACAAUAAGCUUUUGACAAGCCAGCUAGAGAAUCAACGUCAGUAUUAUGAUUCACUACUUGCUGAGGCCAAGCAGCAGAGGGAUGCUGCCAUCUCUGAAGCUAUAGAGAAGACUACAAAUAUGAAAGUACAGAAAUUGCAAGCCAAGCUUGAAAAAUGCACCAAGGAAAAUGAAUUCCUUAGUGAGGUGAACAAGAACUUGAUUGCCAACCAGGAAUUAUGGAAGAAAAAAGUUGCAGAGCUCGAGAAAAGGGAUGAAAUGGCAACAAAAGUGCGAGAUGAAAAAAUUGCAGAUCUGGAGGAACAGGUGAGAGAUCUUAUGGUAUAUAUCGAAGGAAAGAAGACUCUGGAGAAUUGUUCAAAUUCAGAUGAAAUUAAGGACGGCACCAUUUUGCCCAUGAAUUCUGAAGCAACUUCAAAGAUAAACAGACGCUUAGGAAAGUCGACCAGGAAGAAACGUUAGGGAUGCAUGCACACACUUUUUCAACAUGCAGAAUAUCAACCCUCUGCUAUACCUCACACUUUGAAGCCAAAUAUUUAGGGGCUAGAUAUGUCUUCAUAGGUGUAAUAAGUCUUGAGAAUGAUAAUUAUGAGGAUGCCAGCUUCACAUGAUUCAUGCUUAUUAUAUUUGUGGUUUUCUAAAAAAUAAAUUUUUGGGUUUAGAUAAAAUAUAUAUAUGCUCAAGAGAUGUGAAUAGGGAGGUAGGAGUUGAUAUUUGUAACUAAUUUUUCUAGGCUUGCUUUAGAAACUAUACUAGUGAUGUAUUUUAAAUUUUAAAGAUAAUGUUAUACUCUCCCAAGAAUUUUAUCGUUUCCA